AUGACCACUCCCAGGUCUCUUUUUCGAGUCGUCACAGGGUACCUGUGCUCUGGAGAGUACCUGUGCUCUGAAGAGUACCAGUGCUCUGAAGAGUACCUGUACUCUAAAGAGUACCAGUGCUCUGGAGAGUACCAAUGUGCUGAAGAGUACCAGUGCUCUGAAGAGUACCAGUACUCUAAAGAGUACCAGUGCUCUGAAAAGUACCAGUGCUCUGAAGAGUACCAGUGCUCUGAAGAGUACCUGUGCUCUGGAGAGUACCAGUGCUCUGAAGAGUACCAGUGCUCUAAAGAGUACCAGUGCUUUGAAGAGUACCAGUACUCUAAAGGGUACCAGUACUCUAAAGAGUACCAGUGCUCUGGAGAGUACCAGUGCGCUGAAGAGUACCAGUGCUCUGAAGAGUACCAGUACUCUAAAGAGUACCAGUGCUCUGAAAAGUACCAGUGCUCUGAAGAGUACCAGUGCUCUGAAGAGUACCAGUACUCUAAAGGGUACCAGUGCUCUGGAGAGUACCAGUGCUCUGGAGAGUACCAGUGCGCUGAAGAGUACCAGUGCUCUGAAGAGUACCAGUGCUCUGGAGAGUACCAGUGCGCUGAAGAGUACCAGUGCUCUGAAGAGUACCAGUACUCUAAAGAGUACCAGUGCUCUGAAAAGUACCAGUGCUCUGAAGAGUACCAGUGCUCUGAAGAGUACCAGUACUCUAAAGGGUACCAGUGCUCUGGAGAGUACCAGUGCUCUGGAGAGUACCAGUGCGCUGAAGAGUACCAGUGCUCUGAAGAGUACCAGUGCUCUGGAGAGUACCAGUGCUCUGGAGAGUACCAGUGCGCUGAAGAGUACCAGUGCUCUGGAGAGUACCAGUGCGCUGAAGAGUACCAGUGCUCUGAAGAGUACCAGUACUCUAAAGAGUACCAGUGCUCUGAAAAGUACCAGUGCUCUAAAGAGUACCAGUGCUCUGAAGAGUACCAGUACUCUAAAGGGUACCAGUACUCUGAAGAGUACCAGUGCUCUGGAGAGUACCAGUGCUCUAAAGAGUACCUGUGCUCUAAAGAGUACCAGUGCUCUGAAGAGUACCAGUACUCUAUUGGGUACCAGUACUCUAAAGAGUACCAGUGCUCUGGAGAGUACCAGUGCUCUAAAGAGUACCUGUGCUCUGGAGAGUACCAGUGCUCUAAAGAGUACCAGUGCUCUGAAGAGUACCAGUACUCUAAAGAGUACCAGUGCUCUGGAGAGUACCAGUGUUCUGAAGAGUACCAGUGCUCUAAAGAGUACCAGUGCUCUGAAGAGUACCAAUACUCUAAAGGGUACCAGUACUCUAAAGAGUACCAGUGCUCUGAAAAGUACCUGUGCUCUGGAGAGUACCAGUGCUCUGGAGAGUACCAGUACUCUAAACAGUACCUGUGCUCUAAAGAGUACCAGUGCUCUAAAGAGUACCAGUGCUCUAAAGAGUACCAGUGCUCUAAAGAGUACCAGUGCUCUAAAGAGUACCUGUGCUCUAAAGAGUACCAGUGCUCUAAAGAGUACCAGUGCUCUAAAGAGUACCAGUGCUCUGAAGAGUACCUGUGCUCUGAAGAGUACCAGUGCUCUGGAGAGUACCAGUGCUCUAAAGAGUACCAGUGCUCUGAAGAGUACCAGUGCUCUGAAGAGUACCUGUGCUCUAAAGAGUACCAGUGCUCUAAAGAGUACCAGUGCUCUAAAGAGUACCUGUGCUCUAAAGAGUACCAGUGCUCUAAAGAGUACCAGUGCUCUAAAGAGUACUUGUGCUCUGAAGAGUACCAGUGCUCUGGAGAGUACCAGUGCUCUAAAGAGUACCAGUGCUCUAAAGAGUACCAGUACUCUAAAGAGUACCAGUGCUCUAAAGAGUACCAGUACUCUAAAGAGUACGAUCUACGUGUUAUUCCUUGUUUUGAGGUUCAUAUAAUCCACACGAUCAUUUACCUGGCUUUUGUUAUGAUGGCUUUGUUGUGUUCUCUAAACGAUAGGCCUACUGAUAUAAUUAUUCCUAGGUCUAUGACUUGGUCAGAUCUUCUCACUGGAAGGAUCUGA